GGGGCGGGGGCCGGCGGUGCGUUCCUGGGGCCGGCGGUGCUGGGAUGGGGGAGGACGAGGAGGAGCGGAGGCCGGUGUCGGCGGCCGGGGGGGCCCCCGUGGGCCCCGUCACCCUCAACGUCGGCGGCACCUUCUACAGCACCACGCUGGAGACCCUGACCCGCUUCCCCGACUCCAUGCUGGGGGCCAUGUUCCGGGGGCCCCGGCCGGCCCCCACCGACCGCCGGGGCCACUACGUCAUCGACCGCGACGGCAAAGCCUUCCGGCACGUCCUCAACUUCCUCCGCCUGGGCCGGCUCGACCUCCCCGAGGGCUACCCGGAGCUGGCCCUGCUCCGGGCCGAGGCCGACUUCUACCAGAUCCGGCCCCUGCUGGCCGAGCUGAGCCGGCUGGCGGCCGAGCGCCGGCGGCGCCGGGCCGGCGCCGUGCUCCACGCCGACGUCGACGGCCGGGAGCGGCUGCUGCACUUCACCGUCCGGCGCGGGCCGCAGGAUUACGGCCUCAGCACCUGCCCGCUCCGCGUCUUCACCGCCAACGUCUUCUGCACCGACGGGCAGUUCCUGGCGCUGCUGGCCGCCCGGCUGGGGCAGGCCGGGGGGGCGGGUCCCUGCCUGGGCCAUCGCGCCGAGGCCGAAUCCAACCACCGGCUCGGGCAUGAGGCCGCCCGAGAGGAGGGAUCCG